AUGGGAAUAAUUGGAGCGAUUGGUAGAUUUAAAAUUAUUAUCAUCAUGUAUUUAGUUAUGCUGACUAUAUUAGUGAUUGGUCAGAUUGCUGGUAUAGUCUUCUAUUUUGCAAAGAAAGAUAUCCCUAGAAAAUUGAUAAAAGAACAUUUAGCAAACGCUGUACAUAAUUAUGUAUCACUGGAAAGUGAAGAAGACAGUAGUUUAUUCCUUGGAAUUAUAAUGCCCGUUCUGAAAUGUUGUGGAUAUACUAAUGGUGAGGAUUUCAAAAAAUCCGGACAUUUCUCAAAACGUGAUGUAUACGAUCGUACAUUAUUUGCCAAUUUAAAGUAUCCUAUACCAUGCUGUAAAAUGACAGACAAGUUUUAUCUUGAAGACAAUCAUUGUCCAACCAAAUUCACUGGAGAUAAUAGUUAUAUUCAAUAUGGGUGUGAAGAGAAAUUUGAGGGUUUUGUCUUUAAAUACUUGGAUAUAGUCUGUUACAUAACAAUAGUUUUGGUUGUUUUUCAAAGCCCAGAAGAAUUUUUAAGACGUAUCUUAAAUAUUAAUUAA